CGACCUUCGACGCUGCGCAUCCGCAGAUACCUAGGUAUGCGUCGGUCGGCACAAGAUCAUCACCAACGUCCGCCACUCAGUUCCUGCCUUUUAUUAUGACAAACAGACCAACGAACACUCGAUGAUCUGAGAUAUCUGGGCAUGGCGACUUCGAGUCAAACUCAACGCUGACCACAUAUGUGUACCAUGAAACCCACAGACACAGCUAUUGAGUGGGGAUAAAAUGCCAUCGAGGAACCGGCCAACAGGCAAUAAGCCUGAGCAAGCAAAUCUCUCUGGAAGUCCGUCUCGAUCGACCCCGAAUUUGUCAACCUGGCGACCACUAAAAGUCGGCGGGACCGCUCGAUCUGACCUUCCCAGCCAGCCAAGCUAUGAAGCCGCUGAGAAUGCGCAAGGUGCUCGGACAAAUGUCGAUCUGACUCCUAGAGAAACUGGAGCGACAUCACAAAACAAUGGAUCGCGAGAGCCAAGUCUGUUAUUGAGCGGCGCGUCCGACGACGAUGACGACUCCAGCGACAGCGAAGAUAACGACAACGACCAGCAAAGAUAUCCAAACAACAAUCCCUUGGCGAGGCCCGGGGCCAUGCAGCAUUCCCGUAGCCAUACCUACCUCGGCCCUUCAGCCUUUGCGCCUCCAUUCUACAAUCGUCCACCUACACCUCUACCACCCUCACCCUCUCUAACAUCUCUCCUGCGACCCAAUUUCAGCACCCAGAACAGUCGACCUAGCACGCCGGAUCUCUCCAGCGAUGAAGCCACCCCGCACAUGCGCGAUGCAACAGGCAUCCAGACCCCCAACUCCGCCGCAGCAUCCGCCUUGAACAGCACAUACCGCAACGCGGAGACCAUCCCACGCGCCAGUCCGAAAGUGCCGACGUACGAAUACUACGGCUUCACGCUGUAUCUGACCAGCAGUCUCGCCUUCAUCGUCUACGUGCUAUGGGCGUUUCUCCCCUCACCGCUUCUACAUCAGCUCGGCAUCUACUACUACCCGAACCGCUGGUGGGCGCUCGCGAUUCCCGCUUGGACGGUGAUGCUAGUCCUGUACAUCUACGUGGCGCUCGCGGCGUAUAAUCUCGGCCACCUCACGCUGCCGCUGCAGAGCAUUGAAUGUCUGGUCGACGAAGCGGCGCAGAUUGCGGUUGUGGAUGACAGAGGACAGAUUGUUCGGAAUGAUCGCCCGAGUUGGAGGACGGGGAGUCCGGAGAGGGGUGCUCGUGGGGCGAGGGGUACGAGCUCGAGUCGGAUCCCGUUGAGAGAGGGUCAGAGGGGUGUCAAUGGGGGCCAGAGUCGAACUUCGAGUUUGCAUAGGGGGCCUGCGAGGGAGGAUUUGGAGUGGAGAUCGCUGUGGAAGGAGGGAACUGAUGCGGUUAUGGAUAUUCCGAUCGGUGGCGUGUGUGAGAUUCUUUAUGGUGGACCUGGUCAUGAUGACGAAGAGGGAGUUGAGGGAUAGUAUCUUCCGCUUUGGCAUAUCGAAUCGUUGAGAUUACAGAUAGCCACAGAAUACAGGUUCAUGGGUUUGCUCAAAAAUACACGAAAAAGACACUUUUGUGUAACUAUGUUAGAGUUGAGUUGAAUUAUUCAUCUCGAUAUUACAUUCUCCUUUCGACUCGCCCGGACGCCGGUCCUCCUUCCAUCAAACCUACAAUAUUUAACAAACUCUGAAAGCA